AUGGCAGACAAUGUCACAAAUCAUUACAUUUCCUCUUUCUUCCUGGUUGGUGUUCCUGGGCUGCAGGAGUUUCACAGCUGGAUUGGCAUCCCUGUCUGCCUGCUCCUGGGUCUGACCUUGCUGGGCAACAGCAUAAUCAUCACAACAGUUAAGCUGGAACCAAGCCUGCACCAGCCCAUGUAUUUCUUCCUUUGCAUGCUGGCAGUGAAUGACAUGGGAGUUGCCACUUCCCCAGCCCUCAAGAUGCUAGGGAUCUUCUGGUUUGAUGCGCACUGGAUUGACUUUGAUGCCUGCCUAGUCCAAAUGUAUUUUAUCCACACGCUUUGCAUUAUCGAGUCAGGCCUCUUGGUUGCCAUGGCUUUUGAUCGCUAUGUAGCCAUUUGCAUCCCACUGCAGUACACAGUCAUCCUGACAACGUCAGUGGUCAUUAAGAUGGGACUUGUUUGUGUGGCCCGAGGUGUACUGAUGGUUUUGCCAUGUCCUCUUCUCAUUAAGAGGCUGCCUUACUGUCUGAAAUACAUCAUCGAUCAUGCCUACUGUGAGCACAUGGCUGUGGUGAAGCUAGCCAGUGCCAACACCCACAUUAACAGAGCGUAUGGCAUCUCAGUGGCCCUCUCAGUGACAAUAUUGGACCUAGUACUCAUAGCCACUUCCUAUGUCAAAAUCCUCCAAGCGGUCUUCCGGCUGUCUUCUCAGAAGGCGCGCUCCAAAGCCCUGGGCACCUGUGCUGCCCACGUCUGUGCUAUUCUUGUUCUCUAUACACCUGCACUGUUCACCUUCCUAACUCACCGUAUUGGCAAGAAUGUUCCUCCUAGUUUCCACAUAAUCUUUGCAAGUGUGUACCUCCUCUUGCCCCCCACCUUCAACCCACUCGUCUAUGGUGUCAAAACAAAACAGAUUCGGGCCCGAAUAGUGCGUCUCUUCUUCCCAAAUAAAAAAAUUACCUGUGAAUCCUAA